AUGGAAACUUGUCAGGAGCUAAAUGUCAAUCACCUGCUCAAGUUUAAAGCGGCCAAAAACUUUUACGAGAACUUACAACCCAUUACCUCUGCCGAUUUUGACGAUUCGGGUGAAUUAUGUGUGACCGCUUCUGCGGACGAUUCCAUUAAUGUCUAUAACUGUCUUCAAGGAAGGCACAAGAAAUUGUUGUGGAGCAAAAAAUAUGGAAUUCAUAUCACUCGCUUUACACAUCUUAGUACCAAUAUCCUUUACGCGUCCACAAAGGAAAACGACUCGUUGAGAUAUCUUUCGCUACACAUGAACAAGUUCAUCAGAUAUUUUGAAGGACAUCAGAAUAGGGUCGUUUCAUUGGAGAUUUCGCCUUCCAGUGAUAUGUUCAUAUCGGGCAGUAUAAAUGAAGGCGUUCGAUUGUGGGACUUGCGACAAUUUAACGACAUUGGUUUCAUCAACAAUCAAACCGGAAGACCAUGCGUAGCAUUCGAUCCCACAGGUGUCGUGUUUGCCGUUUGUCUUCAGAGUCUCGAUAGUUCAGUAAGAUUAUAUGAUGUUAGAAAAUUUGAUAAGGCUCCUUUUGCUACAUUUCAUCUAAUUGAUAAUUACAUGACCCCAGCUGUGUAUCCAAAGAUUCCUGUAUUUCCAGAAUGGACGGGAAUCAAAUUUAGCAACGAUGGCGACAAGAUAUUGAUAACCACUUCGGGUGACGUCCACUAUAUAAUCGACGCGUAUGACGGUGAAAUAAAACGUAGAUUAGUAGGACAAGUUGGAUUAAACAAUGCAUCCGCCUUUUUAGGGGGAGAGGAGACAUGUUUCACGCCCGAUGGUCGCUACGUGAUUGCCGGAUCUCAGGAUGGACAAAUAAGCUUUUGGGACGCUUCGACAAAUUUGAGUACCUCUAACAUGCUUUCAGAAGGAAUCGACGCAAGACCCAUACAUACACUGGAACAUCACGUUAGACCGACUCAGGUUGUAAAAUUCAAUCCCACCAGAUUGAUGAUGAUUAGCGCAUGUACAGAUUUGGCAUUCUGGUUGCCUGCCGUGGACGCCGACGAAUCUGAAAGUAUGUCCGACCAUGAAAUGUCCACUGAUACCUCUAGUCAAACAAAUAAGGAGCCCAAUCCUAUGAGUACAUAUAGCUCUUCUAGUGAAAUGCAUGUUCCUGAGGAAAUCCACAACUCAUCAUCAUCUUUGGAAUCUCAUGAGGUUGAAGAAAAAUCCAUGGUUACUUCAGAUUCUUCCGAGAAUCAAAAUGAAAAAAGCGAAAUUUCACCUACCUUGCAAGUAACAACAAAUGAAAUGCCUAUGGCGAAAGACACAGCGUCAAGUGAAACGCAUGUAGAUGAGGGAAAACCGGACACGGAUUCCAAUUCUUCAAAUAAAAUGGAAAUAACGGUUGUCUCAUCGAACGCGUUUUUGGAGUCCUCUUCAAUCAAUGAAACACCUAGCGUGGACGAUGCGUACAGGACCGAAGUAACGCAGAAUUCUGGUGAAUCAUUUUCCAAGGAGGUUCAGCCAACAACAAUGGAAGAAACACCCGAGAUACAGGAUGUUCCCGAUCAGAUGGAAAUAUUGGAGUCUUCAAACGAAACUUAUGUAAACCCGGGUGGAGUAUCUGAUAUGAAGGUGGAUGAUGAGGUUAUGAAAGAAAGUGAAUGA